CUCCGGGACAGCAGGGCUGCACCUCCGAGACAGCUCCGUACCCAGGGACGGCCCCGCCUCCGAGACGGCCCUGCCUCCAGCACGGCCCCCACCUCCGAGACCGCCCCGCCUCCGGGACCGCCCCGCCCCGCCUCCGACACGUCCCCAGCGCACCACUGCAGAGCCAGUCCAUCCGUCCCCAGGGAUCCGCACUGCUCAGGGCAGCUGAUAGAACCAUGGCGACCACUGCCGCUGCUGCAUUCGAGGCCCUCAUGGAUGGAGUGACAUGCUGGGAUGUCCCCAGAGACCCCGUCCCCAGUGAACUCCUUCUUAUUGGAGAGGCUGCCUUCCCCGUGAUGGUGAAUGACAAGGGCCAGGUGCUCAUUGCUGCCUCCUCCUACGGCCAAGGCCGCCUCGUGGUUGUGUCCCAUGAGGGCUACCUGUUGCAUGCGGGCUUGGCUCCAUUUCUCCUCAAUGCAGUGAGCUGGCUGUGUCCCUGCCCUGGGGCUCCCAUGGGAGUGCAUCCAUCCCUGGCACCUCUAGUAAACAUCCUGCAGGAUGCUGGGCUUGAGGCACAGGUCAAGCCAGAACCAGGAGAGCCCCUAGGGGUUUACUGCAUCAAUGCCUACAAUGACACCAUGACUGCAACACUGAUCCAGUUUGUGAAACAUGGAGGGGGCUUGUUAAUCGGGGGCCAGGCCUGGUACUGGGCCAGCCGGCACGGCCCUGAGAAGGUGCUCUCCAGGUUCCCCGGGAACAAGGUGACAAGUGUGGCCGGAGUGUACUUCACCGACACCUAUGGGGACAGAGACCGGUUCAAGGUCUCUAAGAAGGUGCCCAAGAUCCCACUCCAUGUCAGGUGUGGGGAGGAUGUCAGGCAGGACCAGCAGCAGCUCCUGGAGGGGAUCUCAGAGCUGGACAUCAGGACAGGGGGAGUCCCCUCACAGCUGCUGGUGCAUGGAGCCCUGGCCUUCCCUCUGGGGCUGGAUGCCUCACUCAACUGCUUCCUGGCAGCUGCUCGCUAUGGCCGGGGCCGUGUGGUCCUGGCUGCCCACGAGUGCCUGCUCUGUGCUCCCAAGAUGGGGUCCUUCUUGCUCAAUGCGGUGCGCUGGCUGGCCAGAGGCCAGACAGGCAAAGUUGGGGUGAACACAAAUCUAAAAGAUCUGUGUCCCCUCCUAUCGGAACAUGGCCUGCAAUGCAGCCUGGAGCCCCAUCUGAACAGCAACUUGUGUGUCUACUGCUGCAAGGCGUACAGUGACAAGGAGGCUAAGCAGCUGCAGGAGUUUGUGGCUGAGGGUGGGGGGCUGCUGAUUGGGGGCCAGGCCUGGUGGUGGGCCUCCCAGAACCCUGGCCACUGCCCCUUGGCUGGUUUCCCUGGUAACGUCAUCCUCAACUGCUUUGGCCUCAGCAUCCUGCCUCAGACUCUCAAAGCAGGCUGUUUCCCUGUUCCCACCCUUGAGAUGAGAAGCUACCACUUCCGCAAGGCGCUCUCUGAAUUCCAGGCUAUCCUGAACCAUGAGAAUGGGAACUUGGAAAAGAGCUGUCUGGCAAAGUUGAGAGUUGAUGGUGCAGCCUUCCUACAGAUUCCUGCGGAGGGGAUCCCUGCUUACAUAUCCCUGCACAGGCUCCUGAGGAAGAUGCUACGAGGGUCAGGCCUCCCAGCUGUGAGCCGGGAAAAUCCAGUUGCCAGUGACUCCUAUGAGGCUGCCAUGCUCUCCCUGGCCACUGGGCUGGCUCACUCUGGAACUGACUGCUCCCAGCUGGCCCAGGGGCUUGGCACCUGGACCUGCUCCUCUAGUUUGUACCCCUCAAAACACCCCAUCACUGUGGAGAUUGACGGAAUCAACCCAGGCAACAGUGAUUGCUGGGUAAGUACCGGGCUCUACCUCCUGGAAGGACAAAAUGCAGAAGUCUCACUGUCUGAAGUUGCCACCUCUGCUGGCCUACGGGUACAGAUUGGCUGCCACACCGACGACCUAACCAAGGCCAGGAAGCUAUCUCGAGCCCCCGUGGUGACUCAUCAAUGCUGUAUGGACAGGACUGAACGGUCAGUCUCCUGCCUCUGGGGCGGCCUCCUCUACGUCAUCGUGCCCAAGGGCAGCCAACUAGGCCCUGUGUCUGUCACUAUCAGGGGGGCUGUGCCUGCCCCAUACUACAAGUUGGGUAAGACAUCACUAGAAGAGUGGAAGAGGCAGAUGCAGGAGGACCCGGCUCCCUGGGGAGAGCUGGCCACGGACAACAUCAUCCUGACAGUGCCAACCACAAACCUCCAGGCCCUGAAGGACCCCGAGCCUGUGCUCCGCCUCUGGGAUGAGAUGAUGGAGGCUGUGGCCAGGCUGGCGGCUGAACCCUUCCCUCUCCGCCGUCCCGAGAGGAUUGUGGCUGAUGUGCAGAUCUCAGCUGGCUGGAUGCAUUCAGGAUACCCCAUCAUGUGCCACCUGGAGUCUGUGAAGGAGAUCAUCAACGAGAUGGACAUGAGGAGCAGGGGUGUGUGGGGCCCCAUCCAUGAGCUGGGCCACAACCAACAGCGGCAUGGAUGGGAGUUCCCCCCGCACACUACUGAGGCCACCUGCAACCUUUGGUCAGUCUACGUGCAUGAAACAGUCCUAGGGAUCCCCAGGGCUCAGGCCCACGAGGCUCUGAGCCCUCCAGAGCGAGAGAAGAGAAUCAAGGCCCACCUGGGAAAGGGAGCCCCUCUGUGUGGCUGGAAUGUGUGGACAGCCCUGGAAACAUAUCUACAGCUCCAGGAGGCCUUCGGGUGGGAGCCAUUCACCCAGCUCUUUGCUGAGUACCAGACCCUCUCUCAUCUCCCCAAAGACAACACUGGCAGGAUGAACCUAUGGGUAAAGAAGUUCUCUGAAAAAGUGAAGAAGAACCUGGUUCCCUUCUUUGAGGCCUGGGGCUGGCCUGUCCAGGAGGAGGUGGCUGACAGCCUGGCCUCCCUACCAGAGUGGCAGGAAAACCCCAUGCAAGUAUACCUCCGUGCCAAGGAGUGAAGGAUGCCCCGCAAGGCGGGAGAGAAAAAGCAGGGUCACGCCGGCAACUCCACCACUAGGCUUUGGCCAUGUGUGCUCAGUAUCUGAGCCUGGAUCCCGCUUCCAAGCCUGACCACUAGAUGGUGGCCAAGGUCAUAAGAAAAAAAUGGAGCCCCUUUCUGAAAAAGGUGCCUUGUGCUUCUUUUUAUUGUUUUUCUGCUUACACUAUUGCUUUCCCCAAGAGACUCACCUCACCUCUUAGUCUCCCAGAGAGGAUCUUUCAUCCUGCCAUCCUGAGGCUUCUAUUUUUGACCAAUAGCUCUAAAGACCAUGGGUUCCCAUAACAACCUGAUACCUCUUUCUCAUCCCUGCCGUCCCUGAACAAGGCUUCUAACUUAUUAUGCUUGAAGAAGUUUUCGUCAAGCAAGCGAGACACACUGGAAUAGUGGAGAGAGCCCUAAACCAGCUUUGGUGCUAUGGAAAAUCACUUCACCUCUCUGUGUUUCUGUCUCACAUCCAUGACAUGAGCAUACAAAUCUUUUCCUCGCA